AUGGCCCCAGCCCUGACCAAAAUCCUGAAAGAUGGCCAUGGGAUCCACCUGUCUUCACCUCCCGCCUCUGUCAGAAUGGACUCAGAUAGCAGAGUAAUACGAAGCACCGAGUCUCAGAUGAGAUCGACAGAGGAUGCUGACCUCCAGAAGAUGUGGCUGAACCUCUCCUCCUUCCCGCUUCUGGACUCCUGCUUCCCCACAGCCCCUCUGGACGUCCCUGCUAACCCAGUGCUUUCUCCAUUUCUUCAGACGUCUGCCAGCCAGUGUGAGAUGGUCCUCCUCCCCAGUACAGGCUCCCUCCUCAGCCUCCUGGCCCUAAAUAAAGGCCGGAGAGAUUCUCAUCAGGUGGCCUCGGUCUUCCCAGGUGUACCAGACAUGUUUUUAGUCCCUGUCCCUGAGCACAAUAGCCAAGAGGCUCGUCUGUUGCAUGGACACAGUGCUGCUCCUGAAGGUGGGCCAGAUGGUGUUGAUGUGCAUCGCUCCUCUCUUACCCCUACAAGCGCUUUUCCCUCAUAUACCCACGCGGAGGUAAAAUCAGAAGGCUAUGCUGCCUGCUUUGCACCCCCACCUACACUGACACAGAGGGACAUGGCUGGAAUAAGCUGUGUUUAUCCAGCAUCGGUGCGGCCUUGUGGUGGCAGGUUGAACUCUGAGCAUCCGGUAUCACAAACGGUGCUGGAGGAGCACCUCUCCAGACAGGCAGGACUUCACAGCAGAGCUUGGAGGCUUCAGAAGAGAUUGCAAGCCCUGCUAGGAGAGCAUGCCAUGCUACACUGCACUCAGCAGCUGGAGGGGCUGAACAGGCAGUGUCAAAGCGGAGGUGUGUCUCUUGACAGCACGGACUCCCUACAUCCUGGUGUGCCACUUCCACAAGCGGACAGUAAACCCCAUUCUUCUUGGCUUGAGUCGUCCACGACCUCGUCUUGCUUCACGGAGCUCAGAGAGUUCAGCCUUUCUAGCCAGGCGGUGCUGAAAGGCCUGCAGGAGGCCUUUGACUCAGAGGUCACAGGCAGCAGCAGCAGCUCAGAUGAAGAGCAGGGAGAGGAAAGGAUUCACCGAAAAACAAAGACUUCACCUGUCAGCAACAGCAGCUGUGAGAGAAAGUGGCUAGCGGAGAGGGCGGAGCUGGGCAGCAGAUGGAGCUGGUUGCAGCUACGUCUGGCUGAGCUGGAGGGGAGGAUACAGCAACUGGUGGCUCUCCACAAGCACAUCCGCUCCUCCAAGGGUGGUGUGGUGCUUGCAGAGUCCCAGCCACUGACAGACAGGCAGAUUCAGCAAACCCUGCUGAGGGAAAUGGCCGGGUUAUCCUGCACAGCCUCAGAUGCUGACACCGAACCCUGCAGCCCCACACGCCUUCUGCACAACAUAGAGAGACAGAGUGCUCAGCUCAGCCAGAUAGUCAACAGUCUGAUGCCUCCUCUCAGUUUUUCACCGCCAUCAAAACAAGCACAGAGCAGUGGUCAGAGAGGAAACGAGGUUUUUAUGCCGAGAAGAUUGAGGUCCAGGAGGCAACAGCUCUUCAAAGCUGAUAUGUCAUGUGUGUGUGCUCGAACCCGACCCCUGGUCACCUACCACAAGCCCAAACUCUUCGUUUUCAACAUCUACAACCCUAGCAGUCCACAGCCCACUUCUAUCCUCUCUUCUUUUUCAUCAUCUUCCUGUUCUUGCUGCUCCUCUUGUGAUCCUGUGGUCCUGUGCUCCGAUCCUGACUGCAGCUCCAACAGGGUCCUGCCCUCCACGACCCCCAGCUCCAGAUCUCACUCUCUGUUGGCGCUUUCAUUUGACACUCCUCUGUCCCACCACAGAGCCCUGGCUAGAGAAGAAUGGUCCCAAAAGCCUUUGAUUAUCAAUGCCCAGCCAUCCAGUCCAGCACACUACAACAGACGCAGCUCCACACCACUGCACAGCAGUCGCAAACACCAUGCAAGACACCGUAAAAGCAGAGUUAUGGAUCUGUCACCUAUCAGGUUGGCAGACUCUGCUCGGAGUGAACACAGGAGAUCCAAUAAGAGGAAAAGAAAGAGAAGACACAUCCAUGGGCUGAUAGAAGAUGAAGCAGAUGUACUGUACCACCUCUGUGAUCCAGAGGAAAGUUCAGAUGAAAUCCUGGAGGAGAGCUACAAGCUUUCACGCAAGCAAGCCUCACAGGGCUUUGUCCGCAAACGUCAGGGAGAGAGUGUGUACAACAUCGACAACAUUGUUAUCCCCAUGUCACUGGCUAAGGUGGAGAAGCUGCAGUACAAAGACAUCCUCACACCAAGUUGGCGGGUAGUUGACACCCAGUCACUGAUAGAAAAGGAGGGAGAGGAAGAAGAUGACAAUGAGGAGGGGCAGGUAGAGGACCUCAAUGAUGAAGUCUUUUCCCAGAGACACUUGGGUUUAGAGAAGAGAGAGAAAUUGUGCUGGCCAUCUUGGGGAAAGAGAAAAUGCUGCAGGCGUCCUACAAGGUUGUCAAGCAGUGGGGGUGGGAUGUGCACAUCGGGAGAGGAAAGCUCUGUGGAGUGGAGUUGUGCUCAGCUGGAUACUGAUGAACAACCCAGCUUAGAGGAGUGGUUGCCUCAGACACCCUGGGAGCCACGAAUGUUCCCUUUGGAUGACCGGGAAGAAGCCCUGCUCUCUGAUAACCUGGUGCUGCACUGCCCUCUGGUGGUGAACACAGGAGCAGUGCACCCACUGGCAUCUGAGUGA